AGAAGACGCCAGCAAGGAAGUCGGAAAUGUUAAGCUGUUUUUUUUUUUUGCUAACCAGAACAAUAGCAGAGCAAUCAAACCAGAAAAUAGCAAUCGUGAAGCGAAACCUUCAUAUUAACCCCAUCUGUAAAUUAAUUUAAUCAGGCUACCUUUGAGUAUAUCGUGGCCCUGUGCGAUUCUGUUUAACUACGCAACAUAAAUGAGCAACGAGCAACGCGUUCUGUAGACGUCAAUGAAUAAGCGCCAGAGCACGAAUUCGUUGUGUUUACCAGUUGUGUGAAGCAUCGUUUUAUACAGCAUCAUGACUACCGGUGCUGAUGUGAGGGACAUUUUGGAGUUGACGGGAGGGGAUAACGAUGGCCCGAUCAGCAAGAAAGACCUCAUCAAUUCUGACAAGAAAAAGUCUAAGAAAACAACUGAAACAUUAACCUUCAAGAGGCCAGAAGGAAUGCAUAGAGAAGUCUAUGCGCUGCUGUAUUCUGACAAAAAGGACGCACCUCCACUUCUUCCCAGUGACACCACCCAGGGCUACAGGACAGUCAAAGCCAAACUGGGCUGUAAAAAGGUUCGUCCCUGGAAGUGGAUGUCCUUCAGUAAUCCUGCUCGUAGGGAUGGUGCCAUAUUCCACCACUGGCGACGAGUGGCAGAAGAAGGCAAAGAUUAUCCUUUUGCCCGUUUCAACAAGGCAGUGCAGGUACCUGUGUACUCGGAGCAAGAAUACCAGCUGCAUCUCCAUGAUGACAGUUGGACUAAAGCAGAGACGGACCAUCUGUUUGACCUGUGCAAACGCUUUGACCUGCGCUUUAUAGUGGUGCAUGACCGCUAUGAUCACCAGCAGUACAGAAAACGGUCCGUAGAAGAUCUCAAAGAGCGCUACUAUGGUAUAUGUGGGAAGCUGACGAAGGUCCGUGCGCCUUCAGGGACUGAGCCCAAAAUCUACAUCUUUGAUGCCGGUCAUGAAAGGCGCCGCAAAGAGCAGCUGGACAAGCUCUUUAAUCGUACACCUGAACAAGUGGCAGAAGAGGAAUAUCUGAUCCAGGAGCUGAGAAAGAUAGAAACAAGGAAGAAGGAAAGGGAAAAGAAUGCUCAGGAUUUGCAGAAGCUCAUAAAAGCUGCUGACACGACCACAGAGUUGAGACGUGCAGAAAAGAGAGUUUCCAAAAAGAAACUUCCGCAAAAAAGAGAAACUGAAAAACUGGCUGUUCCAGAGACAGCAGGCAUCAAAUUCCCAGAUUUUAAAUCUUCUGGAGUUACGCUGCGCAGCCAGAGGAUGAAACUGCCAGGCUCAGUUGGCCAGAAGAAGAUCAAGGCAAUCGAGCAGAUUCUGGUGGAUCAAGGAGUGGACCUCAACCCAAUGCCAACAGAAGAAAUUGUGCAGAUGUUCAAUGAGCUGCGAAGUGACCUGGUGCUCCUCUACGAGCUGAAGCAGGCACACAGCAACUGUGAGUACGAACAACAGAUGCUGCGUCACCGCUACGAAGCCCUGCUGAAAGUUGGAAGUGGAGGAGCAGGCGGGAUCAUGGCGACGUCUGCACCGCAAGGCCUCGAACCCGGUGGCACCAACAGCAUGAGUGCUUCCACUCCGGUGGGGGAAGCACAGGCAUGGCCCGGCACUGAUGACAUCAAGGUCGAAGCGAAGGAGCAAAUCAUUGAUGUGGUGGGAGCUCCACUGACCCCCAAUUCGCGCAAGCGGAGAGAAUCAGCAUCCAGCUCAUCAUCAGUGAAGAAGGUGAAGAAGCCCUGAUGUCGACUGCUACAAGGUGAGGAUGGGAAGAACGGCUCACCUAAAGAAAGCGUGACGGCUGAAACAUGCGAGACACGGCAGGAUGUAACACACACACAGUCACAACUUCUGAGCUACUAAUGGCACCUGCCUCACCCAUCCGGGCUCAGUCUGCUCACCAUCAUUGGGACAAAGGCAACGACUGAGUGACAUUUCAUUCCAUUACUGCUCUUCUACCUGCUUUCGCCAACGUUCAGCUUUAAAUGAGGCAAGAUCAACUGUAAAUUGCCAGGCUGAGCUAAUCGGGACACGGGGAAGAAGAUGGGGAUGACUUCGUAAUUGAAAUGAAUUGGAAUGAAAGAGAAGGCUCUGGAGUGGGAAGACCACAAUUCGCGAGGGUCCUGAGACACUCUUGUUUUUGUGUCUUUGUAAGGUUGACUGGAGAUGGCGUUUUGUAUACUCUGAUGAGCUCUGCUCCCAUGACUGUGGACUCAUUUUGUUGUUUGUACUAAGGUGACCUUGACAAUGCUUUAGUCAAUGUUUCAAUAAACCUCAUUGUGUUGUUUCA